AUGAAACGACCCUCGCUCUCUGCGUUCCUGCUUCUCUGUAUUUCCCUCUCUCCCAACGUCCUCCUUUCUCAUUCACACCGCAUUCGCCUUCCCAACUAUGGUGCAGACCUCCCUCAACAAAGAUAUGACUCCCUCCCAGUUCACGAGUAUGUCUAUUCCUCCUCUCGCACAACAAACCCAACCAGUAUAGCAGAAGAGUAUGCCCGAAAACAUUUGAGUGCAGCCGACCUAGUGACUAAGAAUGCGUAUAAAUCGGAGCAUAAUGGGAAUACGAUUUGUACACAUUCCUGUCAUAUGAACAUUACAACUGAUAACCGUAUUAAAGACGAGGAAAACACAAACCAAUUUGUCAUUGGAUCGAAAAGAAGACGUUCCUCUAACACGGCCAGAUACAACCGCGGACCUUGCCAUAACCAGAGGCCCUACAACGUUGGUCGCCAUAUUCGUGAUUAUGGUCAUAUGCCGAGGUUAACGCCUGUCGAAGCAUUGCAACGUUUCGCACAACACAUUAAUCUCGAAAUUGUCAGACCCUCGACAAUAACAACUAAAAGUUCUUUCGAUUCCUCACCUGUAUACCAACUCUCCAACGUCCCAUUUGCCCUCUCGGAUGUAAUAAUAAAAGAAGCUUACAUUGCCGUGUCUGCAUACACCCUUGAACCCGUAUGGGACCUCACGUGGGAAAUGGAAGAAAACUGGUAUCAUGCUCAGAUAAAUAUGUACAGUGGAAGAAUCCAUGCCAUCAUGGACUGGGUAUCUGAUGCAAUGUAUACUAUCUAUCCAUUAGGACUAAAUGAUCCAUCCGAAGGAGAUCGUAAAACUGUCAUCGAUCCACAUGAUAUCAUAUCAUCUCCUGGUGGUUGGCAUACACAGGGCAAAGUCAAUUAUACCUCUACCAUUGGAAAUAAUGUUUAUGCUCAUGAGAAUUUGGCCGGAAACUGGGAGUGGAAAGACAAUUAUCGACCAGAAGGUGGUCCUGAUCUGGUGUUUGAUUUCCCUCUGAAUCUGACAGACAGGCCCAAGGAUUACAUUGACUCGAGUGUUACUAACCUAUUCUAUUGGAAUAACAUGAUUCACGACCUCUUCUAUCGCUAUGGCUUUAAUGAAGUGGCAGGUAAUUUCCAACAGACUAACCAUGGAAAAGGAGGAAAAGAAAAAGAUGCCGUCAUCGCUAAUGCGCAGGAUGGAUCAGGUUAUAACAAUGCAAACUUCGCAACUCCACCCGAUGGUCAACACGGUAAAAUGCGUAUGUACGUGUGGGAUGUUGUUAAACCAUGGAGAGAUGGUGAUCUCGAGUCUGGAAUUGUUAUCCAUGAAUACAGUCACGGAAUUUCAACUCGUCUAACUGGAGGCCCGGCUAACAGUGGAUGUCUCGGAUGGGGUGAAUCUGGUGGUAUGGGAGAAGGCUGGGGUGAUUUCUUCGCCACGAUAUUACGUGUCAAGCCAUCUAUGGAUCGUACUGUUGAGUUUGGCAUGGGCGAUUGGGCCAAUGGUGGAGAAGGGAUUAGGAGAUAUAAGUAUUCGACAUCGAUAAAGACAAAUCCCGAGACGUUUAUUUGGUUGGGCAAACCUGGAUACUGGGGCGUUCAUGCGAAAGGCGCUGUUUGGGCAAACAUGCUAUAUGAAGUAUUCUGGAACCUAGUUGACAAGCAUGGUUUUACCACGCAAUGGUUCCCCCCAACAUCCACAGAUUCUGAUGAUCUUCUCUCGUGGUACACAUUCUCGCCUUCCUCGACAACACACAAAUACCCCAAGCACGGAAAUACACUGAUACUUCAACUCGUCCUCGAUGGAAUGAAGCUACAACCCUGCCGCCCAACAUUUAUUAAUGCGCGUGAUGCGAUAUUACAAGCGGAUAAAGUGUUAACCGGUGGUGAGAACAGCUGUGAGAUUUGGAAAGCUUUUGCGAAAAGAGGUUUAGGUACCAAGGCGAAGAUCGUAGGCGGAACGCCAUGGGGUGGUGGUGAAAGAAAGGAGAGUUAUCAAAUUCCGAAACAAUGUAGUGAAGAUGAUUAUUACUAUUAUGAUUAUAGUGAAUUGAAUUAA